AUGUACCAGGUAUCACAGGUGUUCAUUCCUGAGCGCCAGAGGUCAGAGGUCGCCUGUUUCCUGGAAGGAGAGCUGAGCGCUCCGUUCAGCGUCUCGUUCGACCAGGAAGAGAGACGGCGGCAGGCGCUGCAGCUGUUGGAGCGCAUCGAGAGCGGCCUGUUGUCCUUGCGGCAGGCGGACGAUGCUGCCCGCUACCAGCUGCUCCGGCUGCAGCAGGAGGCCGAGCUCCUGGGCCACCCCCCUCCACACCCCCCCUGGGCCUCAGAGCUCCUGGGCCACCCCCCUGCACACCCCCCCUGGGCCUCAGAGCUCCUGGGCCACCCCCCUCAUGCAACACCCCAACGCCUGAUCCAGGCCACAGGAAGUGGAUGGGGAGUGUCGACGGAGGGCCGUUUGAGUGGAGAUGAGCGGGAGACGCUUCUGUGCAGCGCUCCUACCCAGAGCUGGGUCCAGCCCAAGGAGCAUCAUCCCGUGGAGGGAAUGGAGAGGAAGCUGAGGUUCAGUGUAGAGAACGUGCUGCAGAAGGCCAGCUGGCUGGUGGGGGACAAAGUUCAGUAUGAAAUAUCCGCCAACCCAAACACACAGGCUGAGAGGGCCGUUACCGUGGAGAUCCUGGCCGACACCUUCAAGAGCACAGACGCAGAGGAGCAGCAAAGAAUAUGGAAUGCAAUAGGCGGUGCAGAGCCAUGGCUUGAAGAGAUGGACGUUCCUGAAGUUGUGAGGACGGAACACCACGAGGGAACCGUUCUGAGGGUCCCGACAAGAGGGAACGCACCCGCCAGUGAUAUGGCAGUUAAGCAUCUCCAUCUUGGUAGUUUGAAGGCCGUUGUGGGUGGAGUGGAGAAGAAGCUGAGCUUCAGUGCAGAGGAUGUGCUAACGAAGGCCACCAUGCUGGUUGGGGAUAAAGUUCAGUUUAAAAUAUCCACCAACCCAACGACCAAGGCAGAGAGGGCCGUUACCGUGGAGAUCCUGGCCGACACCCUCCAGUGCACAGACACAGAGGAACGACACACAGGUGUGGUUCUUGGUUUGAGCAACUCGUUUGGGUACAUCAAGAGCUCUCAGGACCCCAAACUGGUCUUUGACUUCUGUGAGGUCUUGGAAGACAAGAAGCUCUCCAACUCAGAGAGAGUGGAGUUCACCAUAGUGCCAAACACGGUGGCUGGGACUGGCUACCAAGCCAUCAGGAUCAGAAGGCAGAAGAUGGUCACUCAUGUGCCAACCUUAGAGGCCCCAACUACAGCACACUCAGAGGAGAUGUUCACCCCCGUGCCAACAUCAGAGGGGUCCACCACAACACAGUCACAGAAGAAGAUUACCUUCCAACCAACAGCCACCAAGGAAAGGAUGCAGAAAGACACAGGAAUCGAUUCUGAUGCCCCCAAAACAGGAAAGCGUGUCCAAAUUCUACCCGGCCCAGUGAGUUCAGUAAAACCUGCAAAGAGAGAGAAUAGAGAGGACACCAACACAAACUCAACAGAAGCUUCUGGAAGGAGAAGCAGCAUCCACCCAAACUGUGACCAAAAUGGCAACCAAAGUGGGAACAGAAUCCAGGAUGAGGGUGGUAGGAGCGAUCAUCCUCUGGGUAACCGUAGUGCAAGCAGAGACAGGAGACUUGUAGAAAGACACAGCAGUAGCAAGGAGAGGAGCAGGGACAGAAGCAGAGACGGGGGCAGGAGCAGAGACCAGGAUAUGAAGAGCAACCAGCGGAGGAACUGUAGUUCAGAGCGUGGAGAUGAGAAGCGCAAGAGACAAAGCAGCAGCAGCAGCAGCAGUGGUGAGGGUUCCCCCAGGAAACGCAAGCGGCGCAGCAGUCCCAGUCUAGAGACUGUGACCACAAAGGGUCGUAAGGACCUGUCCAGUGUCAAGGCCUCUGCCACUACCACCUGCAGAUCACCCAAAUCUGAUGCAGGUGAGGAUGAGGAGGAUGAGGAUUUGGCCAGGAAGAAUAUGGAGCUGGAACAGUUGGAAGCUUUGAUUGCUGAAAAGCUGGCUGAACAUGCUGCCUUGGAACUAGAGAUGACAUCAUCUGUCGUCUUUGGUGGGAGGGACACUGUAUUACCUUGCCAAACCUCUCUUUCUCCGCAACAUCAGAGAGCUACGCCCCCUCUCAGACAAGCCCCCGCUGAUGACCUCUAUGACCAGAUGGACGAGGAGUAUAAGAAACAGCUAAAGGAAGUACGUCUUGGAAGGGCCAAAGACACACAACAAGAUGUCUUGCGCCAUUAUGACCGCGCUGCGAGGUUCAGGAAAGAUUUAUGUGCUGGUGUGGAACCAGUGCUGUGUUUAGAAGGGCAGUUCCUCAGACAGCCUGAGGAGGGCAGCGAGGAGCUCUGUGUUCACGAAGAAUCCGAUGAGCACCACAGGAAACGAGAAGAGAAGAGCAUAGAGCCAUAUAAUCAGAAGAGAGAAGACCAAACACCAAUCCUGGGCCAGCAUGAACAGAAGAUCUCUGAUAUGCAUAGGCAUUCAGAUGAGGGUAGGACUUUUCCAAAAGGAGCAACUCUUGGCAAAUCUAUUGAUGUAGUGGAGACCGAACGUCUUCAGUCUCGACAUGGUCAUGGCACUGACAGAAAAGAUAAAACAGUGUGGAUUUGUGGUCAUGGCCUUGUAGCAGUGGCCAGACGGAUAAGCCUGUGGUACAGAGUAUGGCGUAACCUGAAAGGGCUGUGGAGUGGGACGCAGGGAAUGACCUGGAGAGACCUCGUGCCCCACUUGAAGAGACUCAGGAAGAAGUGGCCUCUCCCCGACAUACUCAUCAUCCACCUGGGGGACGACGACAUCAACAUGACGGACACUGUGGAGCUGCUGAUCACCAUCAGGGAGGAGCUAACCCGUGUACGCAGCCUGUUCCCCCAGUGCCUGAUUGUGUGGUCGGACAUCCUACCAACGUUCUUCUGGCAGCAGAGCACGACUCCUGAUGUGGAGGUUGAUGAGGCAGCAGGCAUAAUUCAUGACAUCAUCAACUGCAGAGCGCAUGCUAUAGUGACUGAAUUAGGGGGAGGAGUCAUAACUCAUGAUAACAUUGGCCCCGAAUACUAUUUCCCCAAUGACGUUUACCUUUCAGACGAAGGCAUUCAAAGGUUCAACCAAAACCUACGGCAGUUUGUGGAAAACUGGGAGAAGGAGUUAAUCCCAACAUCAAAACAUUUAGAAAUCACCUCGAAUUCCCCAGAGCCCACUAACAUUAAGCUAGAACCUGUUGAUUCAUUCCACGAUUCCCUCUCUCAUUCUGUUGACGAUUUGGAUGGGACUAGAGAAGACUCAGGAUACAACACCAGUAUCUCCUUCCAACAGUCCCAGAAGGAUGUAAACUCCACGAAGAACGCGUCUCAGCCCCAAAGCCCUCCAGCCACCUCCACUGCUCCUGCGGUUUCAUCCAGCUCACCUCCUGCGGUUUCAUCCAGCGCAUCUCCUGCGGUUUCAUCCUCGGGAACACCCAGACCAGAAGAAAGCGGUGGUCGGCCUUUGAAUCACGCAGAUGCGGAUUUGGACAUGACUCCAGAAGACUCACGAAACAGCAUCAUCUCCCUCCAACAGUCCCAGAAGGAUGUGAACUGCACAGAGAGCACAGCUCAGCCCCAUAGCUCUGUAUCCACCUCAACUCAAAAACACAUGAAACCUGAAACACAUAAAACAAUCUGGAUGUGUGGAUGUGUUCUUUCAGGUUUGGCAAAGAGCAUAGCAGCAGGGCAAACAAAGACCAGUAAACUGGGUACUGAUGGCCCUAGCAUUGGGGUCCACCAUGUGGGAGGUUCUGGAAUGACCUGCACUGAUCUUGUGGUCCAAAUGCGGAAGGCCAAAGGCAAGCAGCCUCAUCCAGACCUGCUCAUCAUCCAUCUUGGCAAUAACAUCAAGACAACAAAAAAGGAACAGUUGCUGAACACAGUAAAGGGACUCUUGACUGCCAUACACAGCAUCUUUCCCCAGUGUCAGAUUGUGUGGUCUGACAUGCUGCUAUUGCGCUUCAGCAAACAAAACAUGACUCCUAGUAACAAGGCUGAUGAGGCAGGAAACAGAAUCCACCAAGUGAUGAAUCGUGCAGCACAUGCUGUAGUUAAGGACCUUGGGGGAAGAGUCAUCACCCAUGACAACAUUGGCCCUGAACUCUAUCGCCCCGGUGACGAUGAAAUGGUCAUCUCAGACCAAGGCAUUAAAAGGUUCAACCUGAAUAUUCAGCAGUUUGUGGAUGAGUGGAAGAGGCAGGUCUACUUUGUGGCGGGGCACAAAGAAACUAUUCCGAAAUCCCCAGCGCCGACGAUCAGCAGCAACCUGGAACCUGCUAAUGAGUUCCACGAUUCCCUCUCUCGUUCUGUUGAUCAUUUGGAUGUGACACAAGAAGACUCAGGAAACAGCACCAGUAUCUCCCUCCAACAGUCCCAGAAGGAUGUGAACUCCACAAAGAACGCAUCUCAGCCCCAAAGCCCUCCAGCUGCUCCUGACAUUUCACCGAGUUUAUAUCCUGCAGAGGGUGAUUCCAUGGAUGUGACUCCACUAGACAAAGCCACCAUUUCCCCACAACAGAAAUUAAACCAGAAGCAGCAGGUCAGAAAGAGCAAUGAGAGUCCUGUGGAGGAGAACCAGACACAUGGGAGCAGUGCACCCAUCACAGGCCCUGGUACCAAAACAUCUAAUGUGAAAGGUCCACCCAAAGUAGUCUGGAUGUGUGGUUUUGCUCUUGGGGGUUUGGCCGAAAGGAUAACAUCAUUACAGCAGCAGGCUGCUAAACGAGGGAGUGCGUGCGCCAACAUCAGGGUUCACCAGUGGGGGGCUCCUCAAAUGAGCUGGAGCCAGCUGGUCAUAGAGAUGUGCAUGUUCAAACGGCAGCAGCCCCGUCCAGACAUGCUGGUCAUUCAUCUGGGAGAUGCAAACAUUGACCUGAGUUAUGCAGAAUAUUGUCUGAAUAGCAUCAGGAGGGAUUUGCGUAAAACGCAUGCUAUCUUCCCCCAGUGCCUGAUUGUGUGGUCCAACAUGCUAGUAGGAGGCUCCUGGACCAGUGCCGGAAAUGAGCAAGCUGCAGCAAAUGUCAUUGAUAGAAUCAAUCACGAAGCACAUUCUUUCAUAACUAGCCUGGGGGGGAAAGUUAUCGCUCACAAGAACAUUUGGCGUAACCUCUAUCUCUCAAAUAAAGCCAUUAAAAUGUUAACCGAAAACAUACACAGAUUUUUGGAUGAGUGGGCGAUGGGGGUCAAUCCUAAAUCAGAGGUCACAAACACCACCUCAACAGCUAUAGCGCCCCCUACAGACAGUGCAGGGCCUACUUCAGGCAGUUCCCAUGUCGAUCAGAACGCAUCUCAGCCACACAGCCCUGCAGCCACCUCCUCUGCUCCUGCAGCCACCUCCUCUGCUCCUGCAGCCACCUCCUCUGCUCCUGCAGCCACCUCCUCUGCUGCUGUUGCAUCAAGCUCAGCUCCUGCAGCCACCUCCUCUGCUCCUGCUGUUGCAUCAAGCUCAGCUCCUGCAGCCGGUGAUCAUGAGGAAGUGACUCCAGAAGACUCAGGAAACACCACCGCCUCUCACCAGUACUCCCACAAGCAGCAGGUCAGAAAGAGCAAUGAGAGUCCUGUGGAGGAGAACCAGACACAUGGGAGCAGUGCACCCAUCACAGGCCCUGGUACCAAAACAUCUAAUGUGAAAGGUCCACCCAAAGUAGUCUGGAUGUGUGGUUUUGCUCUGGGGGGUUUGGCCGAAAGGAUAACAUCAUUACAGCAGCAGGCUGCUAAACUAGGGAGUGCGUUCAGGGUUCACCAGUGGGGGGCUCCUCAAAUGAGCUGGAGCCAGCUGGUCAUAGAGAUGUGCAUGUUCAAACGGCAGCAGCCCCGUCCAGACAUGCUGCUCAUUCAUCUGGGAGAUGCAAACGUUGACCUGAGUUAUGCAGAAUAUUGUCUGAAUAGCAUCAGGAGGGAUUUGGCUCGAACGCAUGCUAUCUUCCCCCAGUGCCUGAUUGUGUGGUCCAACAUGCUAGCAGGAGGCUCCUGGACCAGUAACAUGCAUGAGCAUGCUGCAGCAAAUGUCAUUGAUAGAAUCAAUCACGAAGCACAUUCUUUCAUAACUAGCCUGGGGGGGAAAGUUAUCGCUCAUGAGAACAUUUGGCGUAGCUUCCAUCUCUCAAAUAAAGCCAUUGAAAUGUUUAGCGAAAACAUACACAGAUUUUUGGAUGAGUGGGCGAUGGGGGUCAAUCCUAAAUCAGAGGUCUUAAACACCACCUCAACAGCUAUAGCGCCCCCUACAGACAGUGCAGGGCCUACUUCAGGCAGUUCACAUGUCGGUCAGAACGCAUCUCAGCCGCACAGCCCUGCAGCCACCUCCUCUGCUCCUGCUGUUGCAUCAAGCUCAGCUCCUGCAGCCGGUGAUCAUGAGGAAGUGACUCCAGAAGACUCAGGAAACACCACCGCCUCUCACCAGUGCUCCCACAAGAUUUCCCACGUGCUGAAGUCAAAAAAUAUAUUGAGCAUCACUGACGACCAAAGUCUCUCGUCAGAGAAUUCCUCCAACAUACUGCAGCCACAGAAGGAGGAGGUCCAGCCGAUAUCUGCAGCUGUGACGGACACGAAGGCCACUUCGACUGAACCAAAGACCAGAGAGUUGUUCUUAAAAUGUUAUCGCCGCUUCACCUUCAAUAUAAACACGGCGCACCCAAACCUUUAUCUGUCGAAGAGAUGCCGGAAGGUGGAGUGGAGCACCGAGAGCCAGCCAUAUCCGGAUCAUCCACACAGAUUUGUUAACGAAUGUGUCCAGGUGCUGUGUUGGGAGAGCAUCUCUUCAUUUCGCUGCUACUUUGAGCUCGAGUGGAGUGGAAGUGUUUGUGUAUCGCUCUCGGUUGUGAACCAAAGCUGGAGAAGCAGCUGGGUUGAUGCUCAGUUUGGGUCAAAUGAUCUGUCGUGGGCGCUGCAACUCUCCAGCUCCUGCUGUUGUUUCUACCACAAUGGUGUGAAGAUCCAACUUCCUCAAGUCACAAGCUCCACCAUUGGAGUGUGUGUGGACUGUUCUGAAGGCACCCUGGUGUACUACAACAUUGCUGACACAGUCACCCUCCUUCAUAGAGUCCAGACCACAUUCUCUUAUCCUCUCGUUCCUGGAUUUGGUUUAGGUAGUAAAUCAGCAGUGAGGCUCCUGUGAUUCCCAAAUGGAUAAAGGUUGUCACAAUAUGCACAUCAUAUUGCCCAUAAACACAUAACUAUUGUGUUCUAUUAUAUUGUAAGUUAUACACAUCGUAUUGCCCAUAAGCAAAUAACUAUAGACAUAUUGUGUUAUAUUAUAAGUUAUACAUAUUGUACUGCUGUUCACACCAUGUCCUCUUUUCCCCAUGAUCUGUGUCUGUAUUGUGGAAUAUCAGAAUUGUGAACAGUGUGCUCUGUGUUUUUGCAUCUGCUUAUGUAGAGUGCUUAUUGGCCUUGGAUUUAUUUUUUUAAUUUUACAGUGUUCUUGGGCAACUUCAAAUGGGCUUUUAAAUAAAAUGUGUUGUUGUUGUUGUU